AUGGGAGGAACUGGGAUCGGCAUGAUGGGCGGAAGAGGAAUUGACAUGUUGGGAGGCGCAGGUAUGAUGGGAGGAAGAGGCAUCGGCAUGAUGGGAGGAAGAGGUAUUGGCAUGUUGGGAGGCGCUGGCAUGAUGGGAGGAAGAGGCAUUGGCAUGAUGGGAGGUACAGGCAUGAUGGGAGGAAGAGGCAUUGGCAUGAUGGGAGGAAGAGGCAUUGGCAUGAUGGGAGGAAGAGGCAUCGGCAUGAUGAGUGGAAGAGGUAUUGGCAUGAUGGGAGGUACAGGAAUGAUGGGAGGAAGAGGCGUCGGCAUGAUGGGUGGAUUCAGUCCUAUGAUGGGAUAUGGAUUGUUUGGACCCAUGCUGGGAGGACUUGGAUAUUGA